UUUUUAUAAAAUAAUGAAUUAUUUUAUUUCCCCAAAUUCAAUGAUUCCGAUUUUCUUACUUGGUUACUCGUUAUUUACUGCUAAUUUUUCUGUAGUAUCGCCCAAACAUUCAAAUAUAAAUGCUGAUGGUUUAUCCUCGUCAGAAAAUGAUAAAAAUAAUAAUCAAAGGUAUAAAAUAAACAAAAAAAUAUUUAAUUUAAUUAAAAGUUUUGGGACAAAUGAAAUUCGUCCAAAGCGAGACGAAGAUGAUGAUACUCCUUUACAUGAUGAUGAGGAAAUUGAAAAAUCUGAUAUUUCUUCUUUUAAUUCUUCUGAUAUAGAAAGUCCUUGGAACAAUUCAAAAGAGAAAAAUAUCAACGUUAAAAAACGUUCCCCUUCAAAAAUAAUUAAUUCGUCUGAAAAGAAACAACAUCAACAACAUAAAAGAGAAGUUGAGGAAAUUUCAAAGGGGGAAAAAGAUGAUGAAACAGAAAUUACUUCAAAUAAUGAAAGUGGAUCUGUUGAAUUAAAAAAUGUUGGGGAAACAUCAGGCCAACAAGAAGGAGAGGAAAUAAAAAACGAGACAAUGAAAGGACGUAACACUCGUUCAGUUGGUGGGCUUGCUCACCGUUCCCGUGGAGCAGGACAAAAAGGCCAACAAAAAUCACAGGUUAUAAAAAUUAAAAUAUUAUUAAAAAGUAUUUUUUAGGCUGGACGAGGCCCGAAAAGUGAAGAA